UUUAGUUUAUUCUAAUAAAAAGUUAAACAAAUAAAUAACUAAAAGUAUGGCAAAAAGAUUUGCUAUAAAGUCUGGCGAAUUCCUUCGCAUAAACGCUUCUGACAUACCGGCGGGUCUUCUAGUGUUGGAUCCGAGACACUUCACCGGCCAUCUCAUGACAACCGACACUAAGUCCAAAGUUGUCAGCAUUUUUGUAUACCUCAAAAAGUUGAGUGAGAAAUGGUUUUCUCACAUCCUAUUACUAAUCUGUCUUAUUCUGUACGCCUGUAUCGGCGCCUGGAUUUUUGAGUCCGUCGAAGGCGGACACGAAUUGCAACAAAAUGCCAUUGUACGGGAACUUCGGGCGCCUCUAAAUAAUAUGACCGACAGAUUGUCAAAACAGUUGUGGAACGAAAGGCUCAGAUAUCCUCUACCGGACGGAAACUCGUCUCCACUCGAAGUGGACAGUCGUUGGGAUAGAGCUGUGACGAAGAUGUUGUCACAAUUUGAGGUUCAGGUGACCACUACUUGCAAACGGGGUCUUCAAAGAGGUAUAUCUCACGAUCAGGAGACCAGUCGAUGGACUUUUAUGGGCGGACUGUUCUUCAGUAUGACUGUCUUUACAACAAUUGGUUAUGGAGAUAACCCGCCGAAGACACGCACCGGUCAGGCAUUCACAAUGGUUUACGCAUUCAUAGGAAUACCAUUACUUCUGAUGGUUUUGGCAGAUAUGGGCAGUAUAUUCACGCGAGGCAUCAAAUUUAUCUUCAAAUAUAUUCGACGACUUUAUUACACAAAAAGUCUGCGAAGAGUGAGAAGAGUUGGCAGAAGUGUGGGAAAUAUGGGCCGUAGGGCUACUCUUCAUAACAUUAAGUAUAUGGACACAGCGGUCGGUGCCAUCAAUCGAGGCAUUGCUUACAUACCAUAUGUUCCCAAAUCAUCGAAAGAUAAUAAUGAAAACCAAAACGACAAGAGUAUCGGCCUUACAAAGAGUCCGGCCGUCGUCUUCAAGAAUCCCGGAAAGAAAGGUCCGUUUAUUGUACGAACAGAUCCGACACCACCGCAAACGGCCACCGCAUCGACGCCACCCGUCACACCACUUCCCGAAGACUUCCUCGACAUUGACGAC